AAGCAAAAGAGAAGAAUUUUUUUGUUUCAGGUAAGAAAAAAAAAUGUCGGAUAGAUUGGAUUUCCCAUACUGUGAAGAUGUAUCCAAGUAUGAAAAAUUGAUGAAGGUUGGUCAGGGAACAUUUGGCGAAGUAUUUAAAGCGAGACACAGAAAAACAAAGCAAAUGGUAGCGUUGAAAAAGAUUCUAAUGGAAAACGAAAAAGAAGGCUUUCCAAUCACAGCAUUGCGAGAGAUUCGUAUUUUACAGUUACUCAACCAUGAAAAUAUCGUCAACUUGAUUGAAAUAUGUCGAACAAAAGAGACGAAUCACAAUCAGCAACGACCGAUAUUUUAUUUAGUUUUUGAGUUCUGUGAGCAUGAUCUAGCUGGAUUGUUGUGUAACACGCACAUAAAAUUUUCGCUUGGUGAAAUUAAGAAGAUUAUACAAAUGCUACUGAACGCUUUGUAUUUUCUUCAUUUCAAUCGAAUCUUACAUCGAGACAUGAAAGCAGCCAACAUACUGAUGACGAAAAAUGGCGUGUUGAAGUUAACAGAUUUUGGGUUAGCGAGAGCUGUUCAUUUAACCAGAGACUCACAGAAAGCCAGGUACACAAACAGAGUGGUUACCCUAUGGUAUCGCCCACCCGAACUAUUACUGGGAGAGCGCAACUACGGCCCACCAAUUGAUAUGUGGGGUGCUGGUUGCAUCAUGGCAGAAAUGUGGACCCGCAGUCCUAUACUGCAAGGUAACACAGAACAGGAGGAACUAAAACUUAUAAGUCGUUUGUGCGGUUCCAUUGAUACGGAAGUUUGGCCGAAUGUUGAUAAAAUGGAAUAUUAUUCCAAAAUGGAUCUUCCACAGGGCAUGAGAAGAUGCGUAAAAGACAGGUUACGAAAUUAUGUGCGCGAUCCAAUAGCUCUAGAUUUGAUUGACAACUUGCUUCUUUUGGAUCCAGCAAAACGGUACGACGCCGACACCGCUUUAGAUCAUUCGUUUUUCUGGUCGGAACCGAUGCCGUGUGAUGUGAGUGUGACGUUGUCUAAAGUGACGUCAUCCAUGUUUGAAUUGUUAACAGUACGUAGAGGCAAAAAUGCAGUUGUUGGAGGAGUGAACGCAAGACAUAUGCAUUCACAGAGCUUUAACAGUGCCAUCUAUGAUCGUGUUUUCUGAAGACGUUCUUAUUGUCGUUGUGUUCUCUUCGUAUUUAAGUAUGUCCCGCUGGUAAUCAAAACACAAGCUCUUUGUUUUCAAAUGAGCUAUUUCAAGAUUAGUCUUGUUUGACUUCGUUUGUAAGAAAUUUAAAGAAGUUUUAAUGUUAGCUAACUCUUUUUCCGAAGACAACCUUUGUUGAGUUUGAACAACCUUGUCCUAUGGCCUUGUUAAUUUUUUUUAUCUGGAAGGCCACAGCCCUAUGAACUUGCUAUAAUUUUUGUCUAUUGUCAAGCUCCUUCCAAAUAUAAAACCUAACAAACCCUGGGAACAAGGUUGGUGUUUAAUAAAUUAUGUGUGUUGUGUUUCUUUGCGUUGCACUUUAUGAUUAUUUUUUCUGUUCAUACAACAAACUAGUUCACAACCCUGUCCACCUUUUUUCUUUCUGUUGUUUUAGUAAAACAACAAGGAAUCUGGAACAGAGGUUUACUUCUGUAGUGCUUCCAUUGGUUUCGAUUACCUUUUAAAAAUAUAAAAAUUUUGAUAAUUAAUUGUUGCUUCGAAUUUAAUGUAACAUUUGAAUUUCUAUAUUUUGUUAUUCUUUUAAAGUAUUAUUAUUUGUGAAUUAUAGGAGAUAUUUAUAUUUUUUUCUUAUAAUUUCUAUUUUUUGGCAACCAAAUCUAAA